CACUCAAUGGCGGCGAGCGUGUCACUGAUCUUGUGCGUUAUUGGGAGAAACGCUACCCAGACAUGUCCCCCAGACUAUGUCGCGGAGUCUGCGCAGACUUAACAUAGACCGGCCAUUUCCUACAUGCCCUCACUAAUUCAGCCAAACCGGUUGGUAGAACUCGGCUCGGAAAUUCUGCCGCUUGAACGCACCCAUUCCCUGCUAUGGCAACCCGCUGUGGUUUAUCUGAAUGCUCGUUGCAGGAAUACUCAUUUUAAAUACGACUCGCUGUUCCCCCCUCACAAGAUUUUGGCUUAUUCGACCGUGAUGCGUCUUCUUGCCGUGUUUGCGACUCUGCUCGCCGUGGCCGCCGUCAGCGGUCGUUUGAUGACCAUGCAAGAGAUGAACGAAGGCCGACUCGAGGCAGCAAAACGUUGGCAGACUGGUGGCUCUCAGAACGGAAAGAGCGGUGGUGUUCAGAAUUUCACAUUCACCAACCCCAAGGCCUCAGGUGAUUGUAAUGCUACAAGUAAAUAUCUCAUACGUAUGAUCCAUCUUCGUCCAGAAUUUUACGUCGAUGGCAAAUCCCUUCCUCUUGUUGACUUCGACGUUGGUCCUAGCUGGGCGGGUCUUCUGCCCAUCAGCAAUAGUCCUAAUGAGACGCGUCAGCUCUUUUUUUGGUUUUUCCCUCCCGGCCCCCAAGGGAGUCUUGAUGAUUUGAUCUUUUGGACGAAUGGUGGACCUGGAUGCUCCUCCCUCGCAGGUUUGCUGCAAGAGAAUGGGCCUUUCAGUUGGUCCUGGGGUCAGGCAAAACCGACGGUGAACCAACACAGCUGGACCAACCUGUCCUCCGUCCUUUGGGUGGAGCAACCUGUCGGUACAGGAUUUUCUCAAGGCAUCCCAGACGCACAGAAUGAGGACGAUGUUGCUGCUCAAGUCGUCGGGUUCAUGCAGCAGUUCCUUGAAGUCUUUUCGGAACUCAAAGGUAAAAAGCUGUAUUUGUCGGGUGAAAGUUAUGCUGGAAGAUACGUUCCUUAUAUCGCAAACUAUAUCUACGAGAACCCGACUCUGUUAGACCUCUCGUUGCAAGGGAUAUGGAUCAAUGAUCCCUUAUUCUCAUGGUUUGUGGUGCAACAACAAAUCCCUGCAAUGGACUUCGUGAAAAAACACGCUAGUCUCUUCUCUUUCAAUCAAACGUACAUGCACCACCUCGACAAGAUGGCUGCGACGUGCAAUUACACUGGCUACAUGGAUAAGUACGUCACAUACCCUCCGAAAGGACUUCUUCCCCUGCCAGGAGACUCUAUCGAUUUUGCUCAAGGCUGCGAUAUCUGGACCGACGUUUACGAUAAUGCGCUGAUGAUCAACCCCUCUUUCAAUAUCUAUCGCAUCUGGGACACUUAUCCGCUUCCAUGGGAUGUCCUAGGUUUUAUAGACACGCAGUCUCCGAUCUACUUUAACUUGACAGACGUAAAAGAAGCUAUUCACGCGCCCGUGGAUACCGAGUGGAUUGAAUGCACCUCGACCAAUGUCUUCCCCAACGAUGAUAGCAGCUUACCCCCUGCACUCACUGUAUUAUCGAGUGUUAUUCAGAAGAGCCAACGGACCGUCAUCGUACACGGACUCGCGGACUUCAUCAUGAUGGCUGAUGGAACCAGAAUUGCCAUUCAAAACAUGACCUGGAAUGGUUUGCAAGGAUUCCAGAUGCCUAUCGCUGACGACAGCUUCAUUGUCGAUGGUGUGGGUGCCUACGGGUCGAUGCACUCAGAGCGGGGACUCACUUAUUAUGAAGUAUCCUUGGGUGGACACAUGCUUCCAGAGUUUGCGCCAGUGGCCUCCUUCCAGAUUAUGCAGUACUUGAUGGGGUUUAGAGACACUCCUUAGAUAGAUACUUACCUCCCAUAUUACAUAGUAUCGCAGACAAAGUUGAGUUGGACGAGUGCCACCGUCUUGCCAGCCCUGAAUCACAGUCAACCCGUGGGAUUAAGUGUCCGAGU